UAUGAGUCAAAAAAAGUUAUCAACCUUUUUCAAACCCGUAUCUCAAAAACGAAAUCUUGAAAAUGAUGAAAAUUGCGACAUGACUUGCAAGACCCCGAAACGAACCAGGAUUGAUAGUGAUGAAAAAAGUAUAGAGACUACUGACUUAAAGAAGACUCCCAUUUCAGCUCAAAAAUUGUUGAAUAACCUAACUCCUGAACAACAUGAAAAGAUGAAUGCUAAUAAAUUAAGGGCCCAAAUGAGAAAGAUAGAAAUAGAAACUGAUGGUAUGGUUACCAACUUUGGUCAUUCAUGGUUCCGGGCGUUACAAAAUGAAUUCACAAAACCGUACUUUCAAAGUCUUGCAAAAUUUGUAGCUGAAGAAAGAAAAAAUAAGAUCGUAUUCCCGCCAAAGGAUCAGAUAUUCUCUUUUACCAACGCUAUAGACAUUAGCAAGGUAAAAGUUGUAAUCCUCGGUCAAGAUCCGUAUCACAAUCCAAGACAAGCUCAUGGUCUAUGUUUUAGCGUCAAUCCUGGAGUAGCCCCUCCCCCUAGCCUUAUAAAUAUGUUUCAAGAACUCGAAAGCGACAUCGAAAAUUUUAAGCGUCCAGGUCAUGGAUACCUAAUGGGCUGGGCUAAACAAGGUGUCUUGCUCCUUAACGCUGUUCUUACGGUUAGAGCUCAUGAAGCUAACUCUCACAAAGAUAAAGGAUGGGAAAAAUUUACAGAUGCCAUUAUAGCCCACAUAAGCAAGCAUAACUCUGGUGUAGUUUUCUUAUUAUGGGGGUCCUACGCACAGAAGAAGGGUUCUUCCAUCAACAAGAAAAAACACCAUAUUCUGAACGCUUCUCAUCCGUCUCCCCUUUCGGCCUAUCGAGGAUUUUUUCAAUGUAAACAUUUCUCAAAGUGCAACCAGCUGCUAAAGAAGCAGGGUGAUAAGGGAAUAGAUUGGUCCUAUCUGCCAACUAGCUUCGAAGAAAAUCAGUAG